AUGGUGGAUAGCCUCUAUGACAGGUUCAUCACCAAUGACACCAGGUCGUCACGAGUACGCGCACCGACACCAUCACCAUUGGUUCCUUCGCCUAGCGAGCUCGCAUGUCGCAUCAUCAUGCGAUUCAUUUGCGACCAAAGUAGUUCUUCCCAUGCCUAUGACCUUCUAGAAGUGGAAUUCUCGGAUGAUCCAACAUUGUUGGCCCACUGGGAGUCUGCUUUGGACGCCAUCGUGGAGGCCGAUACCCCUGAGGACAAACUUCAGGUCUUUACCAAUCUGACAUUGGCACCACCAGCAGCCUCAGAUCAGCCUCCUCGAAGAGUUGGAGUUGUCAGUCAGCCAACAUCGAUUACUCAAGACAUCGAGAUAGCGUCAGUGUCUAACCUCCCGACAUGGCUUGUCACAGUACCCUCUACGCAAUUGAAAAACAAGGGCUUUGAGGUCUACACACAUUCUACCCUUCCAGGCCAUCUGUGCGUCAAGGCCAAGGACACCUAUGCUAUUAGGAACGCUUGGCCCUCCUCCCAUGGCAGCUGCUUUUUUGACGUCAUCUUUCUCCCUCCGGAAGAUCAGUCCACUGUCGAACACAGCAUGGCGAUCCCUGGUUGGUAUCACCCCCAAGCUGACACUCUCAGAGUGUUAUUUCCAUCUAGGGCCCACUCAGGACUGGGUAUCAGGAAGGAUCCCAGUGUACCGCGUCUUCACAAUCCUCUCGAUGGCGUCUCAACCUCUGUGGGUCGAAGGAAGACCUACAUGCAUGGCCUUCUGGCGCUCGACCUGCGUAGAACCGCAGUGACUGAGAUCACACUUCCCAUCCCAGAGAGCAUUAGACUUCAUAAGGAGUCGAGAUGCAAUCCUGUGUUUGUACAACGUACAUUGCAUGCAUACGCCGCCCAACACUGGAUAGAAGGUGAUUUAGUGAGAGUUAGAGCGGGGGAAAUGGUUGGAUGCACAGCUAAGAUUGACUGUGUUGACAUGAGCACCUAUUCGGCAUCAGCGUACAUGCAGGAAUCAGUGCAAGUAGAGAAUAUCUCCCUUAAACCACUAAUGUUCUCCCUCUCUGAUCUGGAGAGGAAAUUUCGCAUGGGGGACAAUGUUCGUGUGCUCGAUAACAGUAUAGCAGCGCCACAACUCAAGGGGAAAACUGGAAUGGUUGUCCAAGUUGAUGACGACACCGUUGUUGUACUCGACCAGUCUUCUGAAUCGGAAUUCACCGUUGGAUUUGAUUCUUUGGCGACCUUCAUUGGGAGUAUAAGCAAACAGGGUCCCACGAACACUUCAAUCUGCAAUGACACUCCAAUGAAAGGUGACCAGGUCGUUGUAACCGAGGGCAUUCAUGUCUGUGAAUUUGGGGAAGUCAAUGGGGUUGACACCAUCACACAGAUGGUUUCAUUCUUCUCGUUUUCACGACAGAAGAUCAUAACAGUGCCGAUAAGGGAAACGGCCUUCACUCCCAAUCCUGCUGCCCUUCAACAUACUCAUGAGCGUGGAUACAAUGUUGUAGCUGGCGAUAAUGUUCAAGUAGUCAGAGGUGACCAACUCCAUGUGUCAGGCACAGUACUGCGAGUUGAUUUGACUAAUAAAAUGUUGACAUUCAAAGACACACCCCACACCGAGUGCACUAUCUCUAUUGUAUAUGUUGUGAGAAUCAGUGGGCGUGGAGAUUGUGAGCCAAUGCAGCACCUUGUCGGCAAGGAGGUCUUUAUCAUACAAGGUGCUAUGAAAUCCUACCGAGGUACCUUGCAAUUGCUCUCCUGGGACACAUGCAAGGUUGCAUUUCAAGGUCGGAUAGAAGAAUUCCUGCGAACCUAUGUCGUCAGCUGGAUAGGAGUUCUCCUUAAUGGUUCUCGCUUGCCUCAGAAUCAGCAGCAGGAAUUCAACAAUUUAGUUCGAUCUUCGUUCAUCCGGCCCCCACAUAUCACCCCCCAAAAAACUCCUCAUCACUCGCCUCUUCCUGAUGAGUCACAUCCCAAUCAGCCUGCUCCCGCCAUAAUGGAAUCACUUUGGGAUGCCCCCAUGGACUCAUUAGAGAUUGAUUGGUGUCAAGAGGAUGCUAGCAGUGUCCCCCGUCAAGACCCUUGGGUAUUCAAUGAGGAUGACAGGGAAGAACGCCGAUUGUAUCCUCUCGAUGCAAGUUCCUCUUCCUCUCCUGGUAUAGCCCCAUCAUCUCAUAUUCGAUCUUCUCCCGCUCACAUAUUGCUCACAGCCGACAGUCCCACUGCUGUGAUUGUCCAUAACCCCCUCAUCGCUGCAUUGUGCUGCUUGGUCAAAGAUGGUGAAAUCGCCAUCAGAUAUUCCUCCAGAACGAAGAACACAGGAUUGAAGAUUGGUACAAUUAGCCUUGAAGAUAUUGCCCCGGAACCACCUUCAGGACCAAAUAAGAAGUUCACUUUAAUACGGGGUGACUUCAUAGGGAGCGUUCAUACAAUGGGGAAGACCCCAAAGGACAAGUCAAAGAUAACUACUGCAGAAGGGAAGACCAUCCCAAUGGUUUCUCUAGACAGUUGUUCCUCAAUAGAGACCAUAAUUAAUAAGCAACAGCUUGUCUUGUUGCAACAAGCACAGGCUCGAGUGAUUUCUGACUGGAUAUCCGACUUUUUGUUUCAAGUUCAGGAUGCUAACAAUUCAAUCGCACCAAUGCCAUCUCAGGAAACACUUGGCCCUAUCACGACACGGUUCAAUCCAUAUGCAAGACCUUCACCAUGCCCAUGCUCUCACUUCUUGAAGAAGUACGAAAUCCAGGAACUAAAGUGGGGUAUCAGGGCAUCGAUGAAGUCCUAUGAGUGUGAGCUUCAGCGACAUCAAGACAACGACGUAUGGAUGGGAUCUGAUAUGGAUCUUGACCGGCCCAUCACUAGUAGUGGAACAUAUGGCUGUGCGGACACUGUUAUGGCAGAUGACGAGAUCGAACACCUGUCCAUCGUUUCAAUGACCAAGAUCCGCAGUGAGGGUCGGUGGUACCAAUAUCAGUCACCGAAGAAAAGGAAAUUUAUUUGCGACCUGCACAAAGGUGUUAACAAAUAUAUUGAUCGUCACUGUAAGGGGAAACAUAUGAGAACUAAUCAAUUACGCAAGCGCAUAUAUAUUGCGCUACAAGCCGCAUUGCUGGAGGUAGAUGUUGACGAGAUCAUGUUGCCUGAGGAGAGUUCUGAUGAAGUACAAACCUAUGAGGGGUUUCAAGAGGACUACCUCAUCUCACCUGCUGUGGCACAACGAAUCCUGGACGGAGUCGAUUAUCUUAUACCUAAAGAAGUGAAACGCAGGCUGAGGUUCCUGGGAACUGCACUAUGCGGCAAGUUAUUAGCUCCAGGGACCAUCUAUAAGACAGGUGGGUUUACAGACCUUCCAGCACACCAUUCUGACAUAGAAAAGGAUACCCUGUCACAAUGCCAGGAAAUAUUUCCGACUGAUUAA